UCCCUCUCUCUCCUGUUUCCCUGUGCCUCUCUCCUCUGUCUCCUCUUUCUCUCCUCUGUCUCUCUCUUCUAUCUAUUUCCUGUCUCUUUCCUCUGUCUUCUCUGCUACUCUCUGUCUCAUCUGUCUCUCCUCUGUCUCUGGUCACUUUCUAUCUCCCCUGUCCCUCUCUCCUCCUCUGUCUCUCUAGACCGUGGUCCAGACUUGAGGUUCUAGAAAAUCCCUGGUUACGAGGUUUUAGUUGAGUUGCUCCAAGGGCUUUGCGGGAAUGGAGGAGCAGCACGGAGAGGGGACUGUGAUGUGGUAUCUGCACCAAGGUGGCGAUGGCGGUGGUGGCAGUAGUGGCGAUGUGGGGACAACAUCCGCCACUGACCUUAACGACCUCAAGCAGAGGGCGAGGGAUGGAUCUGCUGAUGCCCAGGUGGAGCUGGCAAGGCACUACUUUGCGCAAGCAGAAGAGGGGGAGGAGGGGGAGGAGGAGUUGCACAGCACGGAGGGGGUGGGCUGGCUGCUGCGCGCUGCCGCCCAGGGCCACGCGCUGGCCACGCGCCUCCUGCGCAGGUGCCAGCGCGAGGGGCGAGGGCUGACGGAGGAGAACCGUGAGCGCGUGCGGGAGCUGGCGCAGGAGUCUGCGUUUGAGCGCUCGGUGCGCAGGGCUUCACUGCUGCUCUACUGGCGCCUCAAUCCUCAGCGCAAGGCCCGCGUGGCGCCCAGCGAGCUGCUGGAGAACGUCCCCUCCAUCAACGCCCACGAGGCUGCAAGCCGGACUCCGCUGCCCAAGCUGCUGCGCCAGCAGAGCGAGGUGGUCACGCGGCUGCUCAACUCCAAUGCAGCCUCGCACAGCCUCUCGGAGGCCGACUUCCUGCAGCUCACGGGGGGCUACGCUCGCGGCCUGCCCCCCGCAGGCCGCGCCGCCAUGGCCGCCACCUCCACUGUCCUCCCGGACGGCAAUCACGGUAGUGGACGCUCAGCGCCAUCCGGCAUGGCCCUGCGCGACAAGCUGCUGCGCUACCCGCUGGGCGCGCUGCUGGACGCCAAGGAGCAAGCACUGGAGGCGGCAUCGCGUGCGGGGCUGCACUGGCUGCAGGCGGCGCUGCCCACGCAGCAGCUCAAUGCGCUGCUCGUGUUCCUCGUCGUCAGCCGCCUCACCCUGGACUUCUUCGCACUCGCUGUGCCGCUCGCCGUCUUUGCACUCGCGUUCGCCACAAUGGUCGUGUGCACGCUCAAGGUGUUUCAGAGCGGCCGAGCGUGGGACGACUUCCGCACAUGGACGGAGCUGCUGCGGCGCUUCGAGCCGGCCCUGAGCAUAGAGGAGGCAGAGAGCGAGUUCGGCUGGACCCACCUGGAGCCAUACCUCCACUUCAUCCUCGCCGUCUUCUUCGUCAUCUUCUCCCUGCCGCUCACUGACAGGUCAUGGCUUCCAACCUCUGAGCUGGCCCUGAUCUCCACCUUCUUCUCCACCUCCAUCUUCCUCAGCCUGAGGCAGCGGUGUGGGCCAUUCACCACCCGCACAUUCCUCACACAGGUGGCUGCUUCGGCCAUCGAGGGGUUGACCCUGCUGCCAGGCGAGGACCUCGUGUCGCGGGCGCUGUGCAUGCUGGGCACCUGUGUGCGCUCCGUCUCCCUGGGAGGAGUGGUGCACCUAAACCUCGGGCUGCCCACGCUGCUCUACGCCCACCUCAUCUACCUGCUCUACUGCAAGGCGCGCGAGCGCCGAUACCGCGGCAUCUACUGCUACCUGGUGCCCUACCUGGUGUGCUUCCUGUGGUGGGAGCUGGCCGUGGUCCUGCUCUGGGACUCCACCGCCCUGGGCCUCCUCAGGGCCUCCAUCGGCUACUUCCUCUUUGUGUUCGCGCUGCCCGUGCUCGCCGUGGGCGCUGCUGUCGGGCUCGCCGUGCAGUCCGUGCGCUGGUUCCUCACCCUCGGCCUCACCAAGGUGGGCGCAACGGCACUGCUGGCUGCCGUGCCGUUGGCAGGGUGGCUGGCGUGGCGCCACCGCGCGGCGCCCGUGCAGCUGCUGCGCUCGCUGGGCCGCAGCUCGCUGGUGAAGCUGGCGCUCGUGUGGCUCACGGCCACGGCCGUCUUCUGCUGGCUCUACGUGUUCCGCAGCGAGGGCCUUAAGGUUUACAACUCGACGCUGACGUGGAGCCAAUAUGGCUCCCUGUGUGGGCCGCGCGCGUGGAGAGAGACAAAUAUGGCGCGUGUGCAGAUGCUGUGUGGCCACCUGCAGGGUCACAGGGUCACGUGGAGCGGUCGCUUCAAGUACGUACGUGUGACCGAGGUCGACAACACUGCCGAGACCUCGGUGGACAUGCUGCCCACCUUCCUGGGUGACUGGCUCCGAUGCGUGUAUGGGGAGCACUACCCGGCGUGCAACUCCACCUCCUCCACCACCGGCAACAACAACGGCGACAACAACGGCGACAACAGCGACAGCAACCUCGGAGUGAUCACCACGCAGGAGCUGUGCCAACUCAAGUCGCUCACCAGACACGACUGCCACAUGAAGAAAUUUGACCGCUACAAGUUUGAGAUCACGGUGGGAAUGCCGAUACCGCCUAAAAACGGCGCCACCACCGCCAGCAACAACAACCAGCCCAACCUGGCGGAGGAGGACCCCACCAAGGAUGUGGUGUUGCGUGCCAGCGGUGAGUUCCGUGCGGCGCUGCUGCCCCUGAAGCAGGGCAGCGUAAUCGAGUUCAGCACAGUGCUGGAGGGGCGGCUGGGCAGCAAGUGGCCGGCGUUCGAGCUGCGCGCCCUGCGCUGCCUCAGCUGCAUACGGAGGCUGGAGCCGGCGGCUACGUCGGCGCGCCAAGAGAAGGUGGAGCGGGAUUGGCGUGCCGCCCUGCGCAGCGCCCUACGGUUCGCCUUCGACUUCUUCUGCUCGCCCGUGCUCUCUGCCGCGUGACACUAAGGUCACCACCAUGACUGUGGUGAUUAUGUCGGUGGCCGAGUGGGUUAGCGAGUGGGUUGGUGGGUGAGUGGUUGAGCGAGUCGGUGGGUGGGCGAGUGGGUGGGCGAGUGUGUUAGUGAGCGAGUUUGUGGGCAGGUGGGUGAGUAGGCGUGUGAGUGAACGGGUGGCGGGGAGGGGGUGAAUGGUUGGGUGGGUGUGUGAGUGAGAGUGAUUAGGUGAGUGAGCAAGUGGGUUAGUGAGUAAGUGCGUGGGUGAGUGUAUGGGUGAGUGAAUGGAUGAGUGGGUUGUUGAAUGAGUGGGCGGGGCACUGCGGUGGUGAGAUAUUAUCUCCCUCUCUUGGUGUACAGGAUGUCGUGGGUUGGAUUCCAACCCUGACGCCUGUAUUUGUGGAGUUUGCAUGUUCUCCCCAUUGUAGCUUGCGUUUUUCUCGGGGUCCUCCGGUUUUUCCCGCCACAAUUAGAAAUAUGCGUUUAGAGUAUUUGGCUGCAAUCCAUUUCCACGUAAUAAACCACUUGGUUGAGCUAUAAUUUGUGAAAAAGAGCUAAUGGCUCUAGGCUUUACUUGGUAAAAUAAAAAUACUUUUAGUUUUAAUAGUUUUAGUGUGUGGGUGAGUGCGUGAGUGAGUGAGCGAUGCGGUGAGUGGGUUUGUAAGUGUGUGGGUGAAAGAGUGAGUAGGUGGUUGAGUUAGUUGGUGAGUGAGUCAAUUUUUGGCCGUGUUUGUGAGUGUGAAGUGCCAGCCUUAAUAAAUGCUCACAAACAGCACUUAACCAGUCUGUAAGCCUACAAGGUUGAAUGCAGAUGCGAAUUACAUCAACCCAUGGCCCAAAUGAUCAUAUUGUAGCUGCUGGUGAUGUUGCAGCUCAUGAUGAUGUUGCAAAUGCUGACUUGAUGUGAUGCGCACAACCGCAAUAAAGCUGCCCGUUGCACAAUCGGCACGACCUUCAA